AUGAAAGUCAUUGAUGAGUGCCUCGUCUGUGGCUAUAACAACACUUCUAGAACAAGGUCAGCCACCAUUAACGUGUGCAAGAAGAUUAUUAAUACUUACGGUUCAGGAUGCGCUGAUUUAUUAGGAAAAUUAUUCAUAUGGUCAUAUUUGAGACCCAUGGACUAUGAUUGUAAAGAGGCAGACGGCCAAGCUUAUAGGCUAGACCCUGGUUCGGCACCUAGACAAUGCCCCAAACGAAAACAUACCCCGAACAAAGUCAUGGCCACUGUUUGGUGGUCUAGUGCCGGUAUAAUUUAUCACACUUUCUUAAAGAAGCUCGUGAAUCUCCAGUCAUCUUUGGUUUUAUCAUCAUCGGUCUCUUCUAUUACGGUAUCAUCCAAUGGCAACAGUCCUAAGGUCAAAAUGGAAGGCGGAAUGAUGCUUGAUAAGGUGCUGCCUCAAGAAAUGGUGACAGUAGGGCCAGUGGCUCUCACAUCAUCAAAGAAGUCCAAUUAUGAAAAAAGUCGACAGUUACUUUCGAAUUCAACAACACUUGCUUUGAAUGAAAGAUAUAGACGAUUAAUUCCUUAUAUGACAUUUUACUAUGCAAACGAUUUAAUCGUACCGACUACUGAAAACACAAAGGUGGAAGUAGAAAAGGCAGAAAUAGUGGAAGCUCAAGAAAUAGGACACCCUGUUCAGAGACAGCCAAAGAAUAUUGCUUAUUAUCCGCACAGAAAUAUUCCAAGAUAUCAAGGAAAUAGAUUAACUCAGUACAACAUUGCCUCUGCGAAUCCUACAAAAGUUUUCUACAAAGACGGUGUACAGGUUCAUCGUCCCACUAAAGUCGCUCAGAACCUGAAUCCUUUCUACGAUUAUGUUAAUAAUAACUUUGAUGGCGGAAGAUUUAUACAAAAAUACGUUGUGAAGCCAUUCAACACAGCUCCAGUGCCACAAAGGAAACCCUACAUAAAUUUGUAUAAAAAUGAGGAAACUCCUAAUAUACGCUAUUAUCUGUCUGAAAAAGAACCAGAAACAAAGUAUAAGCUAGUGCCUUAUGAACAAACUCCCCCUGUUGUCGUACCACAGAGAAAUGAAAAUGUACAUGAGGUAAAAAAAACUUACUCACCUGCGCCGGUAAUUAAGGAACAAGUAUUUUUGAAACAUCGAAUCGUUCAUCCAGAAUCGAUUUAUAACCAAAACGUCAAUCAUCAGCUCCCGGUAAGAAAACAGCCAGUGUUGAUUGGAAAUCAAUAUCGCAAGCCACAUCCACAACCUGUAUUGCCUAUUGUUGAGAAUGGUUUUAGGCCCAUAGUCAAUAUACCUUAUACCACUGAGACGCCUAUUUAUACGUCAGAUUUAUCACCAACUUUCGAUUCAAUCCAUAUUAAUGAAAAUCCAAUUGAACAAAUUCAAACUACAUCAACCGCUCCUGAUACAGAGCAUAAGCAAAAAAAAUACGUUGUGGAUCAGCAAGUUCAUAGGCUAACGCAAACACCAACAAAUAUGUUGACAUCAUUGGUAAAAUCCCUCCAAUUAAAUAGAUCUAUUCCUAAGCCUAUAACAAAAGAUAAUGUUGAGUCCUCGAUCCGGACAUUGCUACAAGCCUUAAAUACAUUAAAAGCAGCAACCAAAGACAUCAACGUCGAAGGGCCAAUUUUAAGUACUCCGACGCCAUUCGUGACACCUGCAACUAUUCUUGAAAUAAACAGCUCCCCAGUAGAACAAGAAUACGCAAGACCGCUACCAGUGGCAAAUAAUUAUGAGAACGAAGAUGUUGAAUUUGAAACAUAUCUUGAUCCUGUACAUCCGCCAUCACAACAUUUAGAUGAUUACCCAUUACAUGGGAGUACUAGUCAACAGUUUCCGUUGCCAGUAACAUCUGACGAAGAAGGGGGUACUCCGGGGAGUCCAGGAAUAGAUUACCCUAUACUCACCGCUAUACCACAGACAUCUUUUAACUGCAAGACUCAGCGUUAUAAGGGAUUCUUCGCUGAUACCGAAACUAGAUGCCAGGUAUGGCAUUAUUGUGACCUCAACGGUGGACAGGCUUCUUUUCUGUGCCCAAAUGGCACAAUAUUCUCGCAGGCCGGCCUAACCUGUGACUGGUGGUUCAACGUUCGAUGUGAUUCUGCUACUCAGUUAUACGUACUUAAUGAAAGUCUAUAUAAAUUUAUUUUGCCGCAUCGACCCAAGUUUCCAGAAGAUUAUAGUGGGCCGCUUGUUGAUAAAUACUUGACCCUAAAAUUUAAAGAAAUGGAAGAACAAUUUAAGAAGAAUAAAAACAAACAAAACGCAUCAGAGAAGAUCGAUGCAGACGAAGACGAAAAUUCUAAAGCAUCAGAAGAGGAUACAGACGAUUCGAAAAGUGGCGAUGCAAAUGAUAAAUUAUCAACUGUAAAUACAGCUAGUGUUAUCGUGGAGUCACCAGGUACGAGCGGCAAUGUCGAGCGGCUUCACGAAUAAGAAAAACUGUUGAAUGUCAAAUAUGUAUUUUGUAACUGUAUCCACACAUAUACACAUUGGACCCCUUCGACGAAACAAGGCCUCGCAAUUGAUCGUUCGAUAAAUUCAUAUCCGAAAUUUCCAUCCGUUUAUGUUAUCUCACACAUUAGCUUGAAGAAUAAAAAAUCGUUGCGUGGAUUCAUAAAAAAAAUCUCUAAUAGUACGUAGAACAAUCUGUGAUAGUCGGGAUUACAUAUUAUAAUCGUUUGUCUGUGUAUUUUGAUGUGAGUUGUAUGUUGUAAAAACGUUUUGUAUUAUGUGGAUUUUAAGGGUUCAUAAGCUUGACACUGCCAUGUUUACGACACCUGUCUUUGGGUUAUGCCGGGAAUUAAACUUGCCAUAGUUAGCCAUGUUUAAUUCAGUUUAUUUAUUUUAAGUAAAUUCUAGUUUAAGUUUUUUAAUUAUUGUAAAUUAAAUUUAAAAUUGUAACGAAUUCGUGUUAGUUUGUGUUCUAUAAAGUUUAGGCAUGCUUUAAGAUUGACUAAUACGAAUUAAAUUUUUUAUUGUACGUGAUUUUAUAUUUCCCGCCAUUCCAUUUGUAUUUCCAUAUUAUCGAAAGAGGAAUA